UUUUUUUUACUUUAAAAUAAAAAAUAAAAUACUAUUUACAUUAAAAUUAAUUAUGUACACUUAAAAUUAAUAUUUACAAUAAAUACUAUUUACAUUAAAAUAAACAUAAUUUAUGCUUUCGAUCAGUAUAAACAACGAAAAACAAGAGUAGAAGAAAAAGAGGUUGAUGGUAGAAUAGAAACAGGAAGAAGAAACGUGCCUGAGAAGGAACAUGGACGGAUAUGAAACAAAGAUAUUUAUGUUUGCAUAGGGCUUUUGUGAUUUGCAGUGAUGAAAUUGGGCGCUUUUUUACCGUAGUCUGUGUCUCUCUGCCUGGGGGCCGACCUGACUUCCUCCACCACAGAUACUGUUUCCUUUGCUUUUAUUGAGAAAGUCUAGCGUAAGAGUGUGACAUCUACCCACGCAAUUCAUCGGCGGCGAUUGUUGAUUUCUAAGAAUUAUUUUUAUUUUCUAAACCCCGAUGCUGUCAAUGAUAUCUUAUCAUAAAAUCCAAACUGUAUAAGAUUCUGCAAACCAUUUGAUUAAUAAGGGAAUUAAAAGAGAAAAAAAAAAAAAAAAAAAAGAGGACCAAACCAAACAAGAAUACUUCUCUGGCCAACUUCAUCAGAGCUGUUAGCUCAGCAACAAUUGUCGGGCCUCUCUCCCUCUGUUACUUUUUGAUCUUGCAUUCUUUAGCUUGCUGAACAAUGUGGAAGAACGUUCAUUUCAAGCAGUUGUUAUCAAAGGUUAGAAGCUACUCAAGAAUAGUUCCUCCACCAGCCGCCUAUGUGAAACCAGUUAUCAGAGUCUCUAAUAAUAUUGCCCAUUUGGGCUCUCCAAAAGAUAGUCCCAAGCCACGCCAGCUCCUAUCCUUGCCUCCAUUUCCCCACCUCCCUUUGCCUGGAAAGAAUUUGUUGACAUCUCAUGUCACCGCUAUUAGUUGGCUCAAAUAUUAUUUCAAUGAAAUCCCCGACUCUGCUAUCCAAUCACAUUUUAACAAGGGCCUUGUCCAAAUGGAGUGCCCAAGUGGUAGUAACUCCAUCAAACAGGGAGGACCAACAUCUAUGAGAAAGAUUAAACCUAAUGACAUCAUGGAGGAAGGAGCAAGAAUUCAUAUACCUGUAUCAGUGGCUGAGACUAGGAUUUCCAAGAGGUUUGGCAUCAUACCAAGUGGAACUUUAUAUCCAAACGCUGAUGAGAUUGAAUAUUUACAAAGGCUUGUCGAGUACAAGGACUCCGCUAUAGUUGUUCUAAACAAACCCCCAAAAUUGCCUGUCAAGGGGAAUUUGCCAGUUCACAAUAGCAUGGAUGCAUUGGCAGCUGCAGCUUUGUCUUAUGAUUAUGAUGAGGGCCCUAAAUUGGUGCAUCGCCUCGACACCGAGAGCAGUGGUCUUAUUUUAUUGGGGAGAACAAAAGAAAGCAUUGGUCUUCUUCACUGGUUAUUUAAUGACCUAAAUAAACCAAAUUCCUGGUGUAAGGCUUGGAAUGAUGCAUGUGAAGCAAUGUAUCAAAGGUAUUGGGCGUUGGUUAUAGGCACUCCCACAGAAAAGGAAGGCUUAAUUCAAGCUCCUCUUACAAAGGUGCUUCUUAAUGAUGGGAAGACUGACAGAGUUGUCUUGGCUCAGCAUUCAGGUUUGGAGGCUUCCCAAGAAGCUUUAACUGAAUAUCGAGUGUUAGGUCCUAUAAUAAAUGGAUGUUCGUGGAUUGAGCUCCGUCCACUCACGAGCCGAAAGCAUCAGCUGCGGGUGCAUUGUGCUGAAGCUCUUGGGACUCCCAUUGUUGGCGACUACAAGUAUGGUUGGUUUGUGCACCAGAGAUGGAAGCAAAUGCCUCGAGUUGAUAUUGAGCCAUUUUCUGGGAAACCAUACAAGUUGCGGAGGCCAGAAGGUCUAGAUGUUCAGAAGGGAAGCGUGUUGUCAAAGGUCCCCUUGUUACAUCUCCACUGUAGGGAACUCGUGCUUCCAAACAUUGCAAAGUUUGUUGAUGUUUUAAAUCAAAAGUCUGAAAGCCUCUGCCUACCAGUUGAUGCAAAGCCAGAUCUUCUUCGGUUUGUGGGAUCAAUGCCAAACCACAUGAAAAUUAGUUGGAAUCUCAUGUCCUCUUAUUUGGUGUAAGGAUAUCAGGGAUUUUUAUUUAUUUAUUUAUUUAUUUAUUUAUUUAAGUUUUGUAGAGCUUGACCGAUGUAGACUUCUUGAUGGUGUAUCAAUAUUUGUUAUUAAUUUUGUUUUGUGAA